UUUCUCCUUCCUUCCUUUUCAUCCCCAUGGCUCUUCUCAUGUCCUCUUCCAUCUUCCUCCCCUUUUUCUUCUUCUCUUUUCCACUUGAUUCCAAUACUCCUCUGCUACUAUCCUUUGUCAAUGCGACGUCAAUUGGGUGCCGGACUGGCGCCCUGCCAGGGUCACACUCUACAGCCCCUUAAUUUCUCCCCUACACACUAAAUUGCCCCAUUCUACCCCACACUCUUUCAAACAACUGCUCCUCCCUCUUCCGACCCACUCGACAUCAUCAGCAGCACAGCACAGCACAGCAGCAAAUUACAAUGGAGCCCUCAAAGUUUGAACGUGCCAAGGUCGGAGCUAUGAUGGGUGGUACCGUCGGUCUCUGCAUCGGACUCGUUUUUGGUGGAUUCUCUCUUAUGAGAAAUGGGCCAGGAACACGCGGAUAUGUGAAUACGCUUGCACAGACGAUGAUCUCCUCGACAGCGACGUUUGCAUUCUUCAUGGCGAUUGGAUCAGUAAUCAGGAGUGAGGAGGCAGAAGCAAUCGACUAUGUGUCCAUGAACCAGAACCGCCACAAAAGUAUUUGGGGAGGUACCAUGCGUUUCACGGCCCCUCCAAUUGUCAUUCUUCAGCAGCAGAAAGAACAGCAACAGCAGGUGUAGCAGCAGAAACAGGAGGAGUUGAUGGAGAAGGACAGAGGGAGUGCUGGACAUAGAGAGCCAGCUAUACUUUACACCCGCAUUGUAAAUAAACUACGCGGCUAUUUUUUUUUUCUACGACCAAGGCGAUCAAUUGCAUGGGUCUUAUGUGCAUGGACUACUUGAAGUCUUAUUACUGAUAUCUUCAAUUGUAGCAAAACCACCACAUAGCGAACCAUUGCUGUUGAUAGCACAGUUGAGGCAGUCUGUGUCGUAGAUUACCAUGGCUCGAUGCGUGUGUUCCUGACUGGACCCUCAGCGGUAUCUGAUCCGGUUUCUGCCUCAUACACUUCCUCUCUGCCCAUGAGUCCAUCCAUCCAUGGGUGACGCGGUUUUUUUUCUUUUUUGGGUGACCCAAUG